AAUCAAGUUGGGGAAGAGAGAGAGAGAGAGAGAGAGGUGGUUGGUCACCUGUUUGCUUUUAAACUCUGAAGAAGAAACCUCCUUUCUCCCCUCUACAUUUAACAUUUUGCACCGCCAUCCAGGCACCAGCUAUUCCUCUCCACCAUUGUUGGUACUACAAGUCAAGAACAAGCUCUCCUAAAUUCACAGAUUGUUGUUAACCUUAGUCCUUAACUCCUCGCUUUCCUCGCAUUGCAUGCCCACUGGCACCCCGCCCCUCUUUAUAUUCCAAUUCUAACAACAAGAAGGAAUUGAUUUGAGAGGCAAAUUAGAAAAUCUAGGUAGCUAGCUAUAGCUCAAAUUAAGAUUAUUAUUAUAACUUCAGUUCUCGAUGGAUAGUCUGUGUUUGAAGGCAGGGAUUCCGGGAAUAGCCACGCCAAUCGCCGCCGUCGGCGCCGCUGGAUUGGAUUUCCGUAUGACUCAUAAUACAACAUCUCAUAUUACUUCCUCCGCUGCUGGACGACCUACGGCGGCCUUGUCUGUGGACAAGCCCUCGCCCUCGCCUUGGGGCUUCUCUUUCCGGCAUCCGCUUAGAUCUCUGUGGCCCGGGAGUAGAAACCGCUUCGAUGCCGUUGCGGUGGACGGCCCCCCCGUUUUGGUGGACGAUAAGGAAGAGAAGAUAGAUGCGGAGGAGGAGCAGAAUGUGAAUUGGGUGAUGAAGAUCCUCCGCGUGCGAUCUCUGCGCAAGGAAGAAGAAGAAGAUGAAGAUGAAGCACAAUCUGACGGAUUUGAUGGAUCGGAAGCUAAAAUGGAAGACAGAAUUGGUGUUUCAGAGGAGAACGAUUGUGCGCAGAUCGGCACAUGUAUUGGAGCUGAUGGUGACUGCGAUGUCUGCGCUGUUGAUGAUGACGACGGCAAUAUAGAAUUCGACAGAAAUUCCUUCUCCAAACUGCUACGACGGGUGUCACUAGCCGAGGCUAGGUUAUAUGCUCAGAUGGCUCAUCUCGGAAGUUUGGCUUAUUCCAUACCCCAGAUCAAGGCUGAGAAUCUUUUAAGACGCCAGAAAUUACGCUUCAUUACCUCAUCAUUGGAGAAGAAACAGCAUGCAUUGAAAGCUGAGAAAGAAAGGGAAUUGGUGGAAGACCAGCUGAGAAAAGAGAAUGAAGUUGCUCAAACAAAUGAAGCUGAGAGGAAUGAAGUGAAUCUGAAAGAAAAUGAAUCCAAUAAGAGCGGUGGAAAUAGAAUAAGUGCAUCUGCUGUAUACCAUAUAGCUGCCUCUGCUGCUUCAUACUUGCAUUCCCACACAACCAGCUUUCUGACCAGGUCUCCAGUGAAUGGAGAUAUGCCUAAGAGGACCAUUGGAAGAGAUGACGAUGUAGAUGUGAUGAAUGAGGAAGUUGCUUCGCUAAUGGCCACUACUGAAUCGGUAACAUCCGUGGUUGCUGCAAAGGAGGAAGUAAAGCAGGCUGUUGCAGAUGAUCUGAACUCAACACAUUCGUCCCCGUGUGAGUGGUUUGCUUGUGAUGAUGAUCAAAGUGGAACAAGAUAUUUUGUCAUUCAGGGAUCUGAGACACUGGCAUCAUGGCAAGCCAAUCUUCUCUUUGAACCUGCUAAAUUUGAGGGUCUAGAUGUGCCUGUGCACAGAGGUAUUUACGAGGCUGCAAAAGGCAUGUAUGAACAGAUGCUGCCAGAAAUCCGUGCUCACAUUUCAUCCAUAGGUGAUCGUGCCAAAUUUCGUUUCACUGGACACUCCCUUGGUGGGAGUUUAUCGUUACUUUUAAAUCUGAUGCUGCUAAUAAGAGGCGAAGUUCCUCCACACUCUUUACUGCCCGUUAUAACUUUUGGUUCACCAUCAGUCAUGUGUGGAGGAGACCGCCUCCUCAGGAAACUUGGGCUGCCUCAGAGUCAUGUCCAGUCAAUUACAAUGCAUCGAGACAUUGUACCCCGAGCCUUCUCUUGCAAUUAUCCCAAUCAUGUUGCUGAAUUUCUUAAAGCUGUCAAUAGUAACUUCCGCAACCAUCCAUGUCUGAACAACCAGAAGCUGUUGUAUGCUCCAAUGGGAGAGUUUUUGAUUCUUCAGCCAGAUGACAAGUUUUCUCCAAGCCAUCACCUGCUUCCUACGGGAUCAGGUCUAUAUCUACUAAGCUGUACAGCGGCUGAUGCUAUUAAGGCAGAGAAGCAAAUCCGAGCUGCUCAGUUGGUGUUUUUAAACUCCCCACACCCACUCGAGAUAUUGAGUGACCGUGCUGCAUAUGGCUCUGGAGGAACGGUUCAAAGAGAUCAUGACAUGAGCUCAUACAUGAAAUCUAUCCGCAAUGUUAUCAAGAAAGAACUAAACCGCAUUAGGAAAACCAAGAGAGCACACCGACGAAGAGUAUGGUGGCCGCUUGUGGCAGUAGACGGGAUCAAUGGUGGUAUUAUUUUCCGGAGGCCUGUUGUGUCUGGUAACACGGGUAACGGCCAGUUCAACUUUGGUGGAAUGAUUCAAACUGGAAGAGAGUUCAACUUUGGUGGAAUGAUUCAAACUGGAAGAGAGUCAUUGAAACGGUUCAGCACGCUAGUUGCAUCCCAGCACAUGCAUUUGCUUGUGGUGCUUAUGCUCCCAGCCCGCUUGUUGGUAUUAGGGACAUUCUCCGCCACUAAUAUACUACAUUGAUUGGUUGAUUGUUGAAUGGAAUGGAAGAUGAAUUAGAGGAUUCGUUAUUCAUUUAGUUGCUGAAGCAACAAAUGUUCCCUGGUUUUCAGAAGGGGAAUGGUUGAUUAUACGUGAUGAUGAUGAUUCUUGUCAUAUGUAAACUAGAAGCAGGAGAUUUACAAUCAGAUUUAGCCAGGUUUAUACAGCCGCCUUGUUCAAUUUCAUGGAAAUCCGACAACUAUGUAUAUUAACUGUUUCAUUGGAUGGAACCCAGAAGUGUUCCAACCGCAUUAAAAAUUACCAUUACUCCACUUGUUUGAUUCUGUUGGAUAGUAUGUAAUGCUUUUUCCACAUUUGGGUGGGUUCCAACUUCCAACUUUCAAAUCAUCCAUCCUACAUGGGAUGUAUAUGUUCUCUCUUUUUAUCAAUAAAAUAAUGCUACAGCUGUACGCCGACGUUAACUGUCA